CUCUUAGUCAAUAGUGUCCAUCUCGAUAGCAAACGCAGAUAAACCCAACAGAGAAGGCGAAUGGUUGGCUCAGGGGACAACGAAACUUCACUUGCAACGUUUCAUUGACCCCUAUUGUCUCCUGUAGAGCGUUGCGGAGGUCAACCUACGCGCUCGCUCAGUCUCACUCUUCUCCAGUGGGAUCCCGGAACGUCUUUGACCCACCAAGACGAGCUGCUGAGAGCGCCCCUGAAACCGAUGCAUAACAUGCGGUCCACUCGUCAAAGUAGUGUAACCUCGAUGGACGAUGAUGAUGACGUCCCGCGACGCUCCACUCGAGGUCGUAAUCCCCUGCCUCCCACCUCUGGUCCACUGUUCCCUCCUCUUCCUCCCAAAGCUCCAAAGCAAGCUAAAAACUCUCCCAAAUCGCGACCCUCGCCCGCUUCAAAAUCCCCCAGUAUCACCUCUAGACUCCCCACAAACCACAAUGGCGAUCUAGAUCUCAAGACUGAGGUCGUCGAUCACGUUGAGCUGGAUGAUCAGCUGGAUGAUCAGAACCUCCGCGCUGGAUCACCUUCUAAACCCCUUGCAUUGAGCUCUGUCAAUAGCUUGACACCACCUCCACCAACCAGUGAGGAUCCGGCGAAUGGCGAUGAAGAGAUCGGAGAAGGGGAUCAAGUCAUGGAUGGAGACGAACCGGACGUCCAGCAGAGUAACAAAGAUACGGGGCCGACGGAUGGAGAAUCAGACGUAUGGGAGACCUAUCGACGUCAACGUCGAGCUGGUGUCAGAGGGUUUGGAGGAUCCGCCAAUGGUGGCCAAGAAGUGACUCAAGGAGACAACGUGGAGGUGGUAGAAAUGGAUGAAGAGGAAACGCCUAGGAAGAAACGAACGUCUGCUCGGAAAUCUUCACAGGUCAAAGAUGAUCCUCCGGAACCUGCAUCGGCCUCGGAUGCGGGGGGAUCCAGUAGCCGUGGCGCUGCAAGAAGGAGACGGGGCGAGGAGCAGAUUCUGAUGGAUGAUCACCUUUUACCUGCCGAGCUGAAGCGUAGUGGGGGUUUGACGGGAAGACGAGGUCAAGCUCAGUCGGUCAAGCCGGAGAGUCAGGCAGAGGAAGCCGGUGAGGAGUCUCGGGGUGGGGAUGGUGAGGAGGAAGAUGCGGGGGCUGUGGAGGCUGGAGAAGAUGCAGAUGUCGAUGAAGAAGCUCUGGCAGAUGACGAUUACAAAGAGGACGUGACGAGGUGUAUCUGCAAGCGAGACGAUCUCGAUGUCAUGAUGAUCCAGUGCGACAGUUGCAACGUGUGGCAGCAUGGACCUUGUAUGGGGAUCUGGGGGGAUGAGGAAGCCCCAGAUGAAUACUUUUGCGAGGAAUGCCGACCAGAUUUGCAUGGACCCCUUCGCAAGUGGGUCAAAAGCAAAGAUAGCGGAUCAUCCUGGAUGUACAUUCCUCCCACGCCGAGCGACCUCGAAAGAUACCACUCAUAUCACGAUAGAUAUCCUCCAUCCCAGUCCACCAUGUGGCCCACACGUCAUCCCAACAGUCCAGCUGGCAAACCGUCCUCUCGCUCACAUCACCGGAGAAAUACCGGUAGUCCGGUCGACGACAAGCGUUUACGAGGGGCCAGACCUACAGUCGUGCCGCCAAAGACCGAGAUCAAGCAGACUGCACGUCGUCAAUCUCGAGACGACGGACGGAGAAAUCCAAUGGGUCACGCUCGACGUGUGUCUCAUGGAGCAGCCAGGUCACCAUCACCUGUCGAUUCGCCAUCACCGGGAAAUUCGAAUGCGCCAACCAAGAGGAGGGUGACGAUGAAUUCAAGGGAUGCCGCGUACGAGGAGGAGCAGUUUAAAGCUGUGUUGGAGGCUAGUCGAAAGGAGCUCUUGGACAAGCAAUCCAAGCGGCCGGAGGAGGACGACACGGAGAGUGUUGCGACGGAGAGACCUUUGGCGUCCCGCAAAGGCAAGCGGAAACAGGAGGAUGAUGAGGCGUCAGUGGAUGCCAACGGCUCUGGCUCUUCAAAGCCCAAGCAUCCGAAUCAAUACACGUAUCGCCCGAAGCCCGCCAUGGCGCCUGCCGAAAGACCACCCGUACAUCGUCAUACACCGACUCCAGCCCUUCCACCCCCUGCUCAGCAUGAUCAUGGCACUCGACGUGCGGGCGCCAUCGCCAACGGCAUCAUUCCUCCUCCACCUAAUGCAGUCUCGGUGCACAACCUACACUGGCAUCUGCCAGAUCACUUGUCACUCUUCUCCGACCUCCUACCGAACCCCAAACCGAUUGCUCUGGAGUCACGCGCGCCUCGAACCAUGACUUACCAGAGCAAAAACUUCUACUACAACCAAAAGUACGGUCCAUUUCAUCGCGAUCAGCGUGACGAGUCUGGCAAUUUGAUCCUCCCGGAAGAUUUGCCACCUCGAGAACCCGCUGGCGGGCCGUUGACUCAACUUGAACCUCCCGCUCGCGUGCGUUAUCCACCUCGACGUAUCACCGCCGCGGAAAUCAAAAAGCGAGUUCGGAAUGUAUUCGAGUACGUUUCCCGCAUUCAAGUCGAAGAAGGAAAACGCAAAGACAGGGCGAAACGCAUCGGUAUACCUGAUUCUUCGACGCUGGCUCCGGCUCAACGGGUCGACAAGGACGGUGAUGCGGUAAUGAAUGGCGAAGCUGGAGCUCAAGAGAGUCUGACGUAUUCCACUGGUCUUGCAUCGACAGAAUUGAUGGAUGGUUUGAUGAGGGAUCUCAUCACCUUUCAAGAGACGUUCGCCAAUGGCGGCUUCGCUACUCCUUUGAUACCUUCGAGCAGUGUCCCAGUAACGCCAGCGCUGGCUCAAGGGGAAGAAGGGACUUUGGAGACCCCGAAUGGUAUGGGAAUCGCCGAAGCGGAUUCGGGUGAGGUGGAGCAGAGUCCAGCGGUCGACGUCAAGCUCGAGGCGGAUCCCGGAGCUGUUCUCGCCUCCGAGGUACCUAUCGACUCUGUGGACAUUAAGAUGUCUGAAGAGGGAAAGAUUGAAGAUGCCAGCGAGACUGUGGAGGUAUAUCGACAAGGAACGGUCGGAAAAGUCAUUGCGGACGCGCAAGAGGCGCAAGUGGCCAAGGACGUGGAGGAGGCUGUGAAUGGCGUAGAGGUGGAGUCUGUAAGCUGAGUUGAUGGAGGGGGAGUCAGUGUUGUAUAGGUAGUCUCUAGGGUACAUGAGCCCUCCCACCCCUUCACGUGGCCAGUGUCAUUUCUUGUCAAUGCGAUUGGAUGUUGUCCAUCGAUGAAAUCCGAAAAAUAAGUCAAUCGCGUUAGGCCGGAGGAUGAUUUUAUUUCAUUCAAACAUUUUUGGAGUCGACAU